AUGAAAUCCCCAUACUUCACUGCCAUAAUUGAGAAUAGAUCUUCGGAGUCUGGGGCAAGAAUCACCUUCACCACGGCGUCAGAAUAUCCCCUGUCCCCGCUCCUGCAGGCCCGUCUGGAGUUUCUGGGUGUGGCUAGGAGUGGGGACAUCAACAUUUUCAUGGAAAUAUCAAAUCUUUCUGGACUCUCUUUCCACUCGACUAAGUACCAAGACUGCACUGAAAAUCAAUUUUCUGAAAUAGACUAUACAAAUCAAAAAGUAAGUGAAACAAAAUCAACAGAAAGUGAGUAUCUGAAAGACAAUAAAUUGUGCACAAACUCUUGUCCUACUCCGUCUCUCAGUGAAUCACUUUUAUCUAAAGAACCUUCUGGAAAAGUUUUAGACAGAUCAGCUGCUGGAAAUAUCUGCCAAGUUUCAUACAGUUUCAACACAAACACAUUGAAGGUUUACGACUGCCUUCACAAAUUCAAAAUUCCGUAUGAAACUGAAAUAUACAAACCAAAAGAAGAACGUCUCAACGUGGAUUCAAAUAUAUUCUACUGCAAGAAUUUAUUUCUCAAGGACAGGAAGGGACAGUUUUAUCUGGUAAUAUGUCACGAAGAUUUCAACAUGGACCUUAAGCAACUACGGAAAUCUGUGAAUGCAAACAGAAAUUUCAACUUUGGAACAGCAGACGACAUGAAGCAACUUCUUGGAACUGAACCAGGGGGAGUAACUCCAUUAGCUCUGAUUAAUCCAAAUGCAGCAGAUGUAAAAAUGGUCAUCCAUAAAAGUCUCGUGAAAGAAGAUGCUUCACUUAUGUUUCAUCCGCUAGACUUGAAGCUGGCAACCAAAAUAACAUUACCUAGUUUACUAAGAUACUUAAAAUCCUGUAAUCACUCGCCCAUCUUUGUCAAGUGA